AUGUUGUAUUACGUAAUAUUUAUAUCCGCGGCGUUGGCGGUUGUUGCGCAUCGUCCUUGCGAAAAUAUAAGAUGCGGUCAAGGAUUUGUGUGUCGAUUAGGAGCUUGCGAAAGGGAUGACCUUUCGUGUGUUAAUGUGAGGUGCAAUCCAGGUUACUUUUGUCGUAAUGGUAGAUGCACUCCUCAAAACCUGUGUGAAGGAAUCACUUGCCAGAAAGGAUUAAGUUGCGAAAAUGGUCGUUGCAUCGAUUUGUGUGCCAAUCAAAGAUGUCCCAGCGGCUAUGAAUGCCGUGAGGGUCAAUGCAUUCCGCAGGAUAGGUGUCGCGAUGUGAGGUGCCCACCUCAAUAUAUUUGUGAUGAUGGACGUUGCAUUCCUGAAGAUUAUUGUAGAGGAAUGCGUUGUCCUCACGGAACAAAAUGCGCAAAUGGAACGUGUGUUCAAGAAAGAUGUUAUAAUGUGUCAUGUCCUCAAGGAUCAGAAUGCGAAGAUGGUGAUUGUGUAGUACAAGAUAGAUGCGCAAACGUCAGAUGCCCCCCUAAUUCAAGAUGCGAAGACGGAGGUUGUAUCAGAAUAGAUUCUUGUGAAAGAGUUCGUUGUCCCGGAUCAUUGCAGUGUCAAGACGGAGUGUGUAUGGAAGUUGAUCGAUGUAAAGACAUAAGAUGUUCAAUUGGCACACGUUGUUACGAUGGCAGAUGCUUUGCAGACGAUACUUGUGAUAGAGUUCGAUGCGACAGAGGCUGGAUUUGUCAAUAUGGACAUUGCGUGCCAGAACAUUCAGCUCAAACUUCUUGCCCACCCGGGUAUAAAGUGGAAGGUGGUCAUUGCACUGAAGAUAGAGUCGACUGUCGUGAUACAUCUUGCCCAAAAGGGUCCAGAUGUGAAAAUGGUAGAUGUACGCGCACUCAAUCUUGCUCUUCAAACGAUUGUCCAGACGGUCAAGCUUGCUAUAACGGACAAUGUUAUCCAAUAGAUUGGUGUAGCAAUGUAGUUUGUUCAGAAGACCAAGAAUGUCGAGAAGGUCAAUGUGUACCAAAACAUCGACCUGAUUCUUGUAGAGACAGGCAAUGUGAUAGAACAAGGCAUUAUCCAGAGAAUCUUGCAGAUAAUAGAUCUAUAAAAUCAUCUAGCCAAGUACGCGAAAGAAAUCCUUGCGAUACUAUACGUUGUCCAUCCGGGUAUGAAUGUAAAAACGGAACGUGCACGCCUUUCGAUCGCUGUUCUCUUGUACAAUGUCCGCCAAGAUAUGAAUGUAUUGAUGGUCAAUGUAUAGAAACAGAUCCCUGUACCGGAGUUGUAUGUCCACAUGGAUUUCAGUGUUAUGGAGGUGAUUGCGUACAAGAAGAUAGAUGCAGCAUGAUAAGAUGUCCAUCCGGUUUCCAAUGUCGAGAUGGUUCUUGCGUAGAGCAAGAUCCAUGCGUAAACGUGCGUUGCCCUGGAGGUUUCUACUGCUUAGAUGGAAAAUGUGCCCAAAUAGAUCCUUGUUCAAAUAAACAUUGUCCGGAAGGAUAUGCGUGUCGAGAUGGGUCAUGUGUACCCACUGAUCAAUGUGCGGGGGUACAUUGCCCCAGCGGGUUCGAAUGUCGUCAGGGACGCUGCAUGUUAAUUGAUAGAUGUCUCACUAAACAGUGUCCUCCUGGUUACAGAUGCAGGGAUGGUGCCUGUAUAAGUACUGACCCAUGUGUGAAUGUGCGAUGUCCAUCAAAUUUUGCAUGCGAAAAUGGUACGUGCGUCGCCGUUGAUCCUUGCUCAAAUGUAAGGUGUCCGCCUGGGCAUGAAUGUCAGUACGGAUCUUGCGUCGUUGUAGACCCUUGUGCCAAUAUCAGAUGUCAAGAAAAUGAGGAAUGCCAGCAGGGACGCUGUGUUUUGAGCGAUCCUUGUCGAGGUAUCAGUUGUCAGCCGGGAGAGACUUGCAGAGGCGGACGUUGUGUUGCUCCUCCUACAUGUGUGCCACCGCACAGGUGUAAUACUUGCGAAACUAUUACUUGUCCAAAAUACUAUUUUUGUUCCUACGGUAAGUGUAUUCCAGAAGAUCCUUGUAGAAAUGUUAUAUGCCCAGAGGGAUCAUUUUGUUCAGAUGGGCAUUGUAAAGAUGAACGCGAGAAUUAUUCUAGACCCGAUCCAUACUCUAGGCCUGUGCACUAUGACAGACAAAGAAAAUAUUAA